UCCCGCCCCGGGGAGAACCUGGACGCGGAGGGGCGGGGCCAAGAAGACGCCCCGCCCCCUCUGGCCCGGCCCCUCCCCGCCGGACGGUUGCAUUAAUGACUCUCCCGAGGUGGACGGGCUGCUCGGAGAGGAGUGAGUCCCCAGCACGGCACCUCAGGUGCCUGCGGACGUCAGCUGGCCCUUCUGCGGUCAUCCCACGCCGACCUUGGCCAGCACGCACGCCUCGCCUCGCAGGAGCCCGCAUAAAAGGCGCGUCCGGCCCAGGCUGGAAGCGGCCGUAGCCUUCGGCUGGACGAGGAUGGAGUGACCGGCGCGGUCCUGGCCACGCAGACCCAGCUCGACGCUCCUCGCCAGCUCUCGCAGCGGAGCCGAACCUCGUACGGCCGCUCCAGGAAAGGGCGCGCGGCGCCGGAAGCCGCUAUGGACAGCGGCGGCCCCGCAGGCAGCCACCUGAUCGCCAGCAACGAGCCCGCGCCACCGGUAGCCGCCACCCGAGACUCGAGCCAGGGACGGACGGGACCGGGGCAGACGGGCCCAGGCGGCGGCGCGCGCUCGGGGGGCGGGAGGCCGGCGGCAGCAAACGCGGCGCGGGAGCGCAGCCGCGUGCAGACUCUGCGGCACGCCUUCCUGGAGCUGCAGCGCACGCUGCCGUCGGUGCCGCCGGACACCAAGCUGUCCAAGCUGGACGUGCUGCUACUGGCCACCACCUACAUCGCGCACCUCACUCGCAGCCUGCAGGACGACGCCGACGCACCGGCGGAUCCCGGACUGGGCGCCCUGCGCGGGGAUGGUUACCUACACCCUGUCAAGAAAUGGCCCAUGCGAUCAAGAUUGUACAUUGGUGCUACUGGUCAGUUUCUGAAGCAUUCUGUCUCUGGAGAAAAAAUAAAUCAUGACAAUAUUCCAACAGACUCACAGCCUUAGGCUCUCCCCUGAGGGGGGCUGGUAGAAAGUGAUGUCGUUGUUUUUAAAUGAUAUGAAAUAAUUCUAUAUUUAUUACAUCAGACCUAACAAACAUCAUUUCUGAAAGUUUACAUGGAAUCCAUAGUUGGAUGUUCAGAUUUAUCUAAUCUAAAUAAAUGUGGAAUGAAAUAAUCAGUCUGGUAAAUAAUGUAAUAAUAAUGUAAAACACACAGCUUAUCUAUUCAGUGUGAGAGAGUCACUACUAUAUAGUGCAGGAGAAACUAAUGGAAAAAAAGAAAGAGACAUAGGAAAGCAAAGAAUUGUGUAUGU